ACAAACUUCACCAGAUAGCAAAGAUGGAAAGUCCACAUGAGCACCAGCAGGCCCUGCUGCUCUCUCGCAUUAUCGGCAACAUUGAAAAACUAAAUGAGUCAAUCAUGGUUAUGAACAGAAGCCUCCAGGAGGUCAAUAUCCAGAACAUGAACGUCGAGCUUGUCGCACAAAUGUUCAAAAACUACCAGUCUAACGUUCUAUUCCAUCUGGAAGCGACGGAGAAUUUGAAAGAUCCGUCAUCCUCGUCGUCCAGUUCUUGAUACCCAACAGUGUUUCCUAGUUAUUUGAUAAUGAA